AUGGCCGACGCGCAGACACUCCGCCAGCUCAAGAUCAAGACGGGCGUCGUGAAGCGCCUGUUCAAGGAGGAGGCGCUGUACCGCGAAGAGGUCGUCGCUGCCGCGGCGCAGGUCGACAGGCUCAAGGACUCUGGUGCCGACGGCGCCGACGUGCGCAAUGCUGAACGCGUGCGCAAGGACAGCGAGCAGAUGAUCCCCCGCACGCGCAAGCAGCUCGAGGAGGGCCUCGUCGCGCUGCAGGACCUCGUCGGCGCGCUGCAUUCCGAUGCUGCCGUCGCCGCGAGCCAGGAGUACAAGGACGCGUUUAGCGUCGUGCAGCAGGUCGAGGCGGCGUGGAAGGGUGAGGGGCAGUGA